GUCCCCACGACCCCACUGCCUGCCUUCCCCACCGCUGCCGAGGGAGAUGAUGGUGCCGAGGCCGAGCUGGACACUCAGGCCAUGGUGCGGGCCCAGAACCAGAAGAAGAAGAAAUCUGGAGGCUUCCAGUCCAUGGGCCUCAGCUACCCUGUCUUCAAGGGCAUCAUGAAGAAGGGCUACAAGGUGCCCACCCCCAUCCAGAGGAAGACCAUCCCUGCCAUCCUGCGCGGCCGGGACGUGGUGGCGAUGGCACGGACGGGCAGUGGGAAGACAGCCUGCUUCCUCAUCCCCAUGUUCGAGCGGCUGAAGGCUCCCAGCCAGGCUGGGGCACGUGCCCUCAUCCUCUCACCCACCCGGGAGACCCUCAAGUUCACCAAGGAGCUGGGCAAGUUCACUGGCUUGAAGACAGCCCUGAUCCUGGGAGGAGACAAAAUGGAGGACCAGUUUGCUGCCCUGCAUGAGAACCCUGACAUAAUCAUUGCCACCCCUGGGCGCCUGGUGCACGUAGCAGUGGAAAUGAAGCUGAAGUUGCACACCGUGGAGUACGUGGUGUUCGACGAGGCUGACAGGCUCUUCGAGAUGGGCUUUGCUGAGCAGCUGCAGGAGAUCAUUGCCAGGCUCCCAGACUGCCACCAGACCGUCCUCUUCUCUGCCACACUGCCCAAGCUGCUCGUUGAGUUUGCCCGUGCUGGCCUCACUGAGCCAAUGCUGAUCCGCCUGGAUGUGGAGUCCAAGCUGAGUGAGCAGCUUAAGCUGGCAUUCUUCCACGUGCGUGGGGAUGACAAACCAGCUGUGCUGCUCCACCUGCUCCGCAGCGUGGUGAAACCCCAGGACCAGACAGUUGUAUUUGUGGCCACCAAGCACCACACGGAGUAUCUGAAGGAGCUGCUGACAGCACAAGGCAUCCGCUGCACCCACAUCUACAGCUCUCUGGACCAGACUGCUCGCAAGAUCAACAUCGCCAAGUUCUCCCAGGGCAAGUGCCCAGUGCUGCUGGUUACUGAUGUGGCUGCCCGUGGGCUUGACAUCCCCAUGCUGGACAAUGUCAUCAACUUCAGCUUUCCUGCCAAGUCCAAGCUGUUCCUGCAUCGUGUUGGUCGCGUGGCCCGAGCUGGCCGAAGUGGCACCGCCUACUCACUGGUGGCUCCUGAUGAGAUGCCUUAUGUCUUUGACCUCCACCUCUUCCUGGGCCACCCACUCAUCCUCGCUGGAGCCCAGGAAAUGCCUGCUGAUGCUGGUGGGGUGCUGGGUCGUGUCCCCCAGAGCCUGGUGGAUGAUGAGGAGUGCCUGCUGCUAACGGACCACGAGGGCUCCCUGGAGCUGCGCAGCCUGCGCCGCGUCGCCGACAACGCCCAGAAGCAGUACCUGCGCUCCCGGCCCGGCCCAUCACCCGAGUCCAUCAAGAGGGCCAAGGACCUGGACGUGUCCCAGCUGGGCAUGCACCCACUCUUCAGCGCUCGCUUCGAAGACACCGAGCUGGAGAGGCUGAAGUUUGUGGACAGCAUUAAGACCUACAAAUCCAAGGCAACCAUCUUCGAGAUCAACUCCACGUCCCGGACAUUAGCCAGCACCGUGAUGAGGUCAAAGCGGCGCCAUGACCAUGCCCUGAUCGAGAAGUUCCAGCGUGGGCAGCAGGAGAAGCGCGUGGCAGCACUCAAAGGGCAGGGAGUGUUCCCAGCCCCCUCUGGGCCCCAGGAGGGGGAAGGAGAAGGAGAGCCAGAAGACCUCCAGGAUGUGUUCUCCAAUGUGGGGGGCCAGAAGCGGAAACGAGGCCGAGGGGGAGAAGAUGGUCCCAGGAAAAAGCCGCAGCAGCAGGUGCAGCAGGACGAGGACUUCUACAUCCCAUACCGACCCAAGGACUUUGAGAGCGAGCGGGGGCUGAGCGUGGGCGGCGAGGGCAGUGCCUUUGAGCAGCAGGCAGCUGGGGCCGUCCUGGAUCUCAUGGGCGAUGAGAACCACAACCUCAACAAGAGCAAGCAGCUGCUCAAGUGGUCCCACCACCCUCCCCUUUCACACGGACCGCACGAACGGUUCGUGGGGCAGACAGGCCAGGAGGACAAGAAGAAGGUGCGGACAGAGAGUGGACGCUACAUCAGCAGCUCCUACAAGAACAACCUCUAUGAGAAGUGGAAGCAGAAGUACAAGGUUGAUGAGCGGGAUGAGGAUGAGGACGGGGAACGCAGCAGGGAGCAGUUCAGAGGGAAGCACAAGCACAGGCACGGGCCCACACAGCCCCCAGCCCAGGGCAAGGUGCGCUCGGAGCUGAAGAACAAGCAGCAGAUCCUGAAGCAGCGCAAGAAGGCGGCGAAGCAGCGGUUCCUGCAGAGUGGAGGGCUGAAGCGCCUCAAGGCCAGGAACCGGCAGCGCGUGCAGGAGCUGCGGCAAAUGGCCUUCGGGCGCCGCACGGGCACCAAGAAGGGCAAACUGAGGAAGAGGAUGUAG